AUGAAGGGCGACGCGGAUGCUACGCUUUCCAUUGUAACUUCAAAUCAACCAAAUCUAGCGCCACUUGUGGAGCAGAUUAGGGAUCACCUCGCUACCAAACAUUACCAUGAACUAACAAACGCUCUCACGGAACUUUUGGGCUCAUAUACGCUUGUCUGCGAUGUAAAGAUACGCGUAUUCGAGGAAAUAGUACACCCUAUCAAGGACACACUCAACACAUUGAGAUUCGCACAACUACUCGCUAAAUGCUCAGAGAACCUUGAUCCCAAGGUUGCACUAGAACAUCUUUGCAAAUAUGACACGUUUCUAGAAAAGGAUCUAGAAGCACAUAUCAUGCAUCAAAUCGCAAAGGCACACCAUAUGGUAAAGGCCGGGCAACUGAAGGAAUGUGACGCACUGCUAACAAAGGUGAAAGAGAAAGUCGAGGACAGUAUGGACAUUGACAUCUCUGUACACGGUGCAUAUUAUCGAGCAUCAGCGGAACUCAACAAGGCGAUGAACAAUUUCUCAAAGUCAUAUAACGACUGGAUCAUGUAUCUGUCAUACACCAGUAUCAACGACAUACCGGAACCAGAACGUCAAAAUAUCGCUGUUGAGACUACUAUAUGCGCCAUAGUAGCGCAUGACAGCUUCGGAUUUGGAGAACUUAUGCACCAGCCCAUCAUAGAGGCAUACCUAAAGGGGAGUGAACAACAGUGGCUACACGACAUGCUCAUCAUAUUCAACGAAGGACAGUUACAGCUAUUCGACGAAGCUCUAGAACGCUACAGAGGAAAAAUUGUACACACUGAACUCGCUGGAAAAGAAACACAACUCAGACAAAAACUUACUUUAAUCGCCUUACUUAACUUGGCAUUCAGUAAACCAAGUAAACAGAGAUGCCUUACAUUCGAAGAUAUCGCAUACCACUGCGCAAUCACAAUAGAUCAAGUAGAACCAUUCGUCCUAAGAGCACUCGCACUCAAGCUUAUCAAGGGACACAUAGACCAAGUACAGCAAACUGUACAAAUCACAUGGCUGCAACCACGGAUACUUGACAUGGCAAAGUUGCAAAAUGUCGCCAAUAGAAUUGAAAACUGGAUAGAAGCCACAAACGAGAUCGUUUGCAGCCUAGAACAAAUGACUAAUUCAUCUGCAUGA